CAAAUCAAAGACCCAACAAGCUUUUUCCCUGUUUAUGUUUUUAACAUUUUCUAUGCAAAGAGCCACUGCCAACCGGAGAGGAACCUAAAAGACCAAAACUUUUUCUUUCCAUGGCAAACACUUCUUUGAUUAACUAUUACUUCAGUCACCGGCGGUUCUCUCCCUCGUUCAGGUCACUUUUUUUCAUGCCCACUUAUUUGGCUCUCUUCACUUCUCUUUUCAUUCUUUUCUAUAUAUCCACCACCUCAAAUCUCUUCUCCAGCAACCAUAAUCCUUCCACUCUUCGCCUAAAACCCCAUUUCCCAUCUGGGUAUUCGACAAACACUCGAGGGAGCAAAAACCCAGUUUUUGUUUUCAAUGAUUCUAAUAACCCACUUGGUCAUUUGCCUAGAAUUAGUCACCCGAAGAAGAAUGGUGAAGCUGGACAUGAAAGUCAACGGGUUUCCAGACUUGAAUUUAGCUCUAAUGGAAUCUAUGUGAAUAACGAGGUGUUCCAUGAUAGAGAUAUCUUUCUGGAAGAUUAUAAAGAAAUGAAUAGGAGCUUUAAGAUAUAUGUUUAUCCUCACAGGCGAAAUGAUCCAUUUGCUAAUGUGCUCUUGCCGGUGGAUUUUGAACCUGGGGGUAAUUAUGCCAGUGAAAGUUACUUUAAGAAGGUUCUUAUGAAAAGUCACUUUAUCACUAAGGAUCCGACAAAGGCAGAUCUUUUCUUUCUGCCUUUCUCCAUUGCCAGGUUGCGGCAUGACCGCAGAAUUGGAGUUGGAGGGAUCCAAGAUUUCAUAAGAGCUUACAUCUUUAAUAUAAGCCAAAAGUACCCAUAUUGGAAUAGCAGUGGUGGAGCUGACCAUUUUUACGUUGCUUGUCAUUCCAUUGGACGGUCAGCAAUGGAAAAAGCAGAGGAAGUGAAAUUUAAUGCUAUUCAAGUUGUAUGCUCUUCAAGCUAUUUCCUUUCUGGAUACAUUGCUCACAAGGAUACGUCUCUGCCACAAGUUUGGCCUAGACAAGGGGAUCCUCCUAGCCUUGCUUCAUCGAAAAGGAAGAAGCUUGCAUUUUUUGCGGGAUCAAUAAACUCUCCUGUCCGUGAAUGGCUUCUUCAGGUUUGGAGAAAUGACUCAGAGAUCUAUGUCCAUUUUGGUCGGCUCCAAACCCCUUAUGCAGAUGAGCUACUUGGAAGCCAGUUCUGCCUCCAUGUCAAAGGCUUUGAAAUAAACACAGCUCGGAUUGCAGAUUCACUAUAUUAUGGAUGUGUCCCAGUUAUUAUUGCCAACCAUUAUGAUCUUCCAUUUGCAGACAUUCUAAAUUGGAAGAGCUUUUCAGUCAUUGUUGCCACUUUAGACAUUCCAUUACUUAAGAAAACUCUUCAAGCAAUAAGUUCUGACGCUUAUCUGAUGUUACAAAAUAAUGUGCUGAAGGUGCGAAAGCAUUUCCAGUGGCAUUUCCCUCCUGUUGAUUAUGAUGCUUUCUAUAUGGUAAUGUAUGAAUUAUGGCUCCGGCGAAGUUCUGUGAGGGUUCCCCAGUGUGCUUCUGUGGUUCCCAAUCAAUAACCACUGGUUUUCUCUUCAGGAUUUUACAGGUUCAAAUGGGAGUGGUUAUUUUGUAUAUGGUGAUGUAUUGAUUUUUUUACUCAUUGGGAUACAAUGACUUCAACUAUUGUAAUACAUUCUAUUGAAUUAAUAUAGCUGCGUGGUUAAGUAA